UCCUGUUUCAGAAGCUUCUGAAAGUAAAAAUCAAGAAAUUCACCAUGGCACGGAAGAAGGAAAUGGAAAACUCCCAAGACAAAAUGCAGACGCCUCAAAAGCACCUUGUCGGGCGAUUAAUUGGAAAACAAGGGAAGCAUAUUGGCUUCCUGAAGCAACUCUCUGGUGCGAAGAUGUAUGUGUCUACUCUGCCUUACACUCAUGAGUUACAGAUCUGUCAUAUAGAGGGGACAAAAGUCCAGGUGGAAAACGCACUGACGCUAAUCAGAAAGAAGUUUAAAGAUUUGGAUUUGAGCAACCGCCGAUGCCAUGUACAGCCUCUUCCUUCGCUCCCCAUCACCUCCUGGCUGUUGCUACCUCAGGACCGUCCAGUGGAGGUAAUCGUGCCACGAGUCGAGGCACCGAACUACCUGUUCGUGCAGCAGCACACUCACCCCACCUACUACGCCCUACGCAGCCUCAAUGAACAGAUGCUCUUCUGCUACUCCUACCCGGGAUGCCCCAGCCUGCCCACUCCAGUAGAAGCGGGGGUGGUAUGUGCAGCCCCCUCUGCAGACGGGGCCUGGUGGAGGGCUCAGGUUAUCCAGCACUACAAAGACUCCGACACCGUACAGAUCAGAUACGUGGACUACGGUGGCUACGUUACGGUUAACCUCAGUGCCCUCAGACAGAUAAGAUCAGACUUUGUGGCAUUGCCUUUCCAAGGGUCUGAAGUUAUGUUAGAAAAUAUUGCACCUUUGCCAGGCAAGGAGGAGUUUUCACUCGAGGCCAAAGAAGCUCUUGAAGAAUUAACACAAGGGGUUCCUUUAAUCAUAAAGGUCACAGGCAGUCAGAGUGGACUGCCCUUGGUGCAUAUGUGGCGGCAGGCAGGAGAGGAGAUGAUUUCGGUGAAUGGGCUUCUGGUUGAGCGUGGACUUUGCUCAUGGUUAGACAGCCACUGAUGGCCCAUUUAGCUCUCACCUCAUCUCCCCUUCAUCUGUCUCUAAACUGGGUUUCACCUGAUCUCCACACGCAUACGCAUGUAUACACACAGAGGUGCUCUUUGUAAUAUGUAUUGUAAUAUGCAGUUCACAAGUUUUCAUGGCAGUGACACGUUCCUUUCCUAUGUUGCAGCUGCUUGUUUAAAGGUCAUGCAAAAUUGAUUAACUUAAAAAAACUGCUCAUUUUGAGCAGUUAUAAGGGUUUUUUUUUCAGAAAAUAAAUCCCAUUAUGAAUACACU